UGGGCGGCGGGGCGGGCUGCGCGGCGCCGGGCCGCGUUGUGCAACGCGCCGCGCCGUGAGGGAAGCGGUCGCCCCGCGGGGACCGCGCUCACUCGGCAUCUGCCCCAGCGAGGCGGGCGGCGGGGAGCCGGGGCCCCCGCAGCCCCAUGAGGACCUGGCGGAGCCGCGCGUCCUGCCGGGCCUGAGCCGCGGAGCGGGGCCGCCCAGCAUGACCCCCAUGCUGCAUGCCGCGGCCGGGCGGGUGCGAUGGGGCCGGGCGGGCGCCGCGAAGAGGGCUGCGUGCCUGCUGGCCGCGGCGUACGGGCUCCGGGUCCUCUACCCCGCCAUCCGCCGGCGCGUGAGGCAGGCGGGCUGCGGGGGUGGCGGGCGGGAGGCGGGGGGCUGCCCGGCGGCGGGGGGCCCGGAGGCGCCGCUGCGUGCCGCCGGCCAGGGCCGAGCCUCGCCGGCGCUGGACGCGGAUUUCUUCCGGCAGCUGCUGGCGCUCCGCAAGCUUUUCUUCCCGAAGCUGGCGAGCGCCGAGCUGGGCUGGCUCUGCCUCCACUCUGUCGCCCUCAUCUCCAGGACCUUCCUCUCCAUCUACGUGGCUGCGCUUGAUGGGAAGAUCGUGAAGACCAUCGUGGAGAAGCAGCCCAGGAGCUUCGUCCUCCAGCUGAUCCGGUGGCUCAUGAUUGCAAUCCCGGCCACUUUCGUCAACAGCGCCAUACGGUACCUGGAGGGCAAGCUGGCCCUCGCCUUCCGCACGCGCCUCGUGGAUCACGCCUAUGAGACCUAUUUCGCCAACCAGACUUACUACAGGGUGAUCAACAUGGAUGGGCGCCUGGCCAACCCCGACCAGUCCCUCACCGAGGACAUCAUGAUGUUCUCGCAGUCCGUGGCGCAUCUCUACUCCAACCUCACCAAGCCCAUCCUGGACGUCGUGCUCACCUCCUACACCCUCAUCCGCACGGCGCGGUCCCGGGGCGCCAGCCCCAUCGGGCCCACUGCCCUGGCCGGCCUCGUCGUCUACGCCACAGCCCGCGUGCUCAAAGCCUGCUCGCCCAAGUUUGGCAAGCUGGUGGCCGAGGAGGCGCACAAGAAGGGCUACCUGCGCUUCAUGCACUCACGGAUCAUUGCCAACGUGGAAGAGAUUGCCUUCUACCGCGGGCACAAGGUAGAAAUGAAACAGCUACAAAAAAGCUACAAGGCUUUGGCAGACCAGAUGAAUCUCAUUUUGUCCAAACGUUUAUGGUACAUCAUGAUAGAGCAGUUCCUGAUGAAAUAUGUCUGGAGUUGCUGUGGUUUGAUUAUGGUCGCUGUGCCCAUCAUCACUGCAACGGGAUUUGCAGAUGGCGAGUUAGAAGAUGGCCAGAAACAGGCAAUGGUUAGUGAACGAACAGAAGCUUUUACUACAUCACGAAACCUGCUGAUUUCUGGAGCAGAUGCUAUUGAAAGAAUUAUGUCGUCGUACAAAGAGGUUACUGAGCUAGCAGGCUACACAGCCCGUGUCUACAACAUGUUUUCAGUCUUUGAUGAAGUAAAAAGAGGCAUUUACAAAAGAGCUGCUGUUAUUCAAGAGUCCAAAAGCAACAGCAAGAAUGAAGAAAAAGCAGAAUUACACAUUGAUGGGCCCUUAGAAAUCAAGGGAAGAGUUAUUGAUGUUGAUCAUGGAAUUGUAUGUGAAAAUGUUCCUAUUAUUACUCCGAAUGGCGAUGUGGUGGUUUCCAGACUGAACUUCAAAGUACAGGAGGGAAUGCAUCUUUUAAUCACUGGGCCCAAUGGCUGUGGAAAGAGUUCUCUUUUCAGAAUUUUAAGUGGUCUGUGGCCCGUGUAUGAAGGAGUUCUCUACAAACCCCCUCCACAGCACAUGUUUUAUAUACCACAAAGGCCGUACAUGUCCAUUGGAACGCUACGUGAUCAAGUCAUCUAUCCAGACUCAGUGGAUGACAUGCAUGAGAAAGGAUACCAAGACCAGGAUCUGGAGUAUAUCCUGCAUACAGUUCAUCUUUACCACAUAGUUCAAAGAGAAGGAGGCUGGGAUGCCAUCAUGGACUGGAAAGAUGUCUUAUCAGGAGGAGAAAAACAAAGGAUGGGCAUGGCUCGGAUGUUUUACCAUAAGCCGAAAUAUGCAUUGCUGGAUGAAUGCACGAGUGCUGUAAGCAUUGAUGUUGAAGGAAAGAUAUUCCAAGCUGCAAAAGCUGCUGGGAUAUCCCUGCUUUCUAUAACACACAGACCUUCUCUUUGGAAGUACCACACUCACUUGCUGCAGUUUGAUGGACAAGGAGGCUGGCGUUUUGAACAGUUGGACACCGCUAUCCGUUUAUCACUGAGUGAGGAAAAACAGAGACUAGAAUCUCAGCUUGCAGGAAUUCCUAAAAUGCAGCAGAGACUGAAUGAACUGUGCAAAAUCUUGGGAGAAGACUCGGUGCUUAAAACAAUGGACAAAGAGGAAUAAAUAAUUUAUGUUUAUGUUUUUAAAAGUAUUUUUUUAGUUAAAAGCAGUACAAAUUCAGACAUUAUCCUUUGCAUGCAUUGUAAUGAGGCUUAGAGCAUAGAGAAACACAGCCAGCAAAAAAUAAUGCUCUGAAUGCUAUGUAAGACUUUAGCAUUUUAGUAUCAAGGAAGAAAGUGGUUUGAACUGUGAAAAGAAAAUAAGCAAGUGCACAGAAUAUAAGAUGAGUCAUUGCAGCUUAUAUUAAUUCCUAGUGAAAGCCUAAUUCACUGCAAAAAACUACCAGCACAGUUAGGUUUUCUAGGUGAAUAUUUGCUUGAGACUUGGCCUGCAGAAUGUGCUCUUGUACCAGGUCACUGUGUGCGUAUGAUAUGCCUGCUACGCAGAGCAAACCUGGCAUGAAACUCAGGCAUGGAGCACGGCAGAGGCAGCGUCUGGGUGAGUAUGCAGAUGCAUGCAAAAAUCUCAUUUGAGUAUAAGAAACAUUCUUUCAGCCCAUGUAAAACAAAACUCUAGUUCUACUACUGAAUCACAUGCACAACUUUAGCUGCAUUUCCAUAGGAAAUAACACAGUAGGCUGGCCAGAAGCUGACUGUCAGAGCAAGCAACUGCCCUCACAGCCAAGAAGAGGGGAUAGAACAGAAUACGUAAUAUACAUCUGCUGUACUUCAUGCCGUUAUGUAUAGCUUCAGAGGCUCUUUGCCCUUCGUGGUACAUCAGUUCCUUUGGAGGAUUAUUUAUGUCCCCUGUUUGCUAACAUCGGGUGGAUGACUGGAGCACUGGGCCUGGCAUCAGGAGACUUAGCUUUUGCUCGACUAAGUCAUUCAGUUGCUCUGUGGACCUGAUCCUGCCAACAUCCAUCUCUGACCCCAUCUGUAAAAUCACAAUAUGGACACUUGUUUAUUCCAUAAGAUGCUUUGUGAUGAAGAGGGCUGUAAGAGAGAAUAAUGUUCUCAUUAUUCAACACUCAAUUCUCAGGCAUGGCUGUCCUGCCAGUUGAAAUGCUCAGCACUUUUAAAGGUCUGUGAAAAGUUAGAGCAUUUUGUAACCACUAAUUAACGCCUGCUGUAUCUUGUUAGAAUGGGUGAACACUGCCCUCCCCGUGUGCAAAUGAGAAAACACACUGGUUAACGGCUUUGCUUUCAGAUGUGCUUGCUGAUUGUGCCGUUUUUGCUUUUCAGCUCAGCAGGAACCUUGUCCCCAGUCAAUCACAAGGUGCUUUAAACUGAAAACUCCUAAGACGGUGCUGGUGUGAGUGCCUCACUGGAGGCCAAACCCAGUGAGUCAGAAAUAGAGACGGGAGUGGAUUUAAGAGCUCCCAACUUGCCGUCUCUGACUACAAGUGCACUGUCUUUCUAGAUGAAAUACUUACCACAGCCCAUUACUUUCCCUGGCAGCAGCAUAAGAUGGGAUGGGAGACUGCAUUUGAGAGAUGCAGCUAACUCUUCCUCCUCCGUUGCUAAAAGCCAUUCAGAAACAGGCAGUUUGGGAAUGAAGAUCAGGAGGGCAAAGCCUUAGCAAGUGUUUAAUCUGCUGUGGAUAAAUGAAGGAAAAGAUGUAGCAAUUUUGAACUUUGUUCAUUCUUUUUUUUCCUAGAAGAAGCGUGACUCCUUAGAGGAUUUCUGUCUGGUGAUUGCUGCUUAGUCUGAGCAGGGCAAAGCAUAAGUGAACUGUCAAGGGAGGAGAAAUAUGUUUGGCUCUUUGCUGAGCUGGAUUCAAAUGCUGCAGGCAGCAUUUCAUAUGAGAGCAGGAUUCAUGUUCAUCUCAGAGUAGGGUGUUCAACAUCAGCACCAGAGAAAAGACUUUGAAAUGGCACCUCAACAUCUUGGCACAGGUGAUAUCUUUGUCACUGUCCUUGCUUGACUUCUGCUGUGAGGAGGCCAGCUGUGACACUGGGAAUGCUUGGGCACUCUCAGAUUAUGCAAACUCUUCCCUCUUUCUGAUAGUUUCACCCACUUUUCCAGUACUAGCUUGGACAACGCAACUUAUCUUAUCUGAACAGGUAGCUAUUGGUAUUUUAGUAAUUCACAGUCCUUCCUGUCCCUUACCACCACUUUGUUCAAGAAAAAAGCCUUUUUGGUGGAAAGAGUGAUUCGAGUUUUGAUGCAAGAGUGUGAUAAGUGGGGUAUUAACUUGACCUGCAAAAUCCCAAUCUGGUGCCCUAACCAUGAGGCCGUCUUCCCUCUCAUGGUGUGCUAGACUUGCUACUUUUACGUAUUCCCCUAGAGAACUUGCGGCAGAACUUGGAAUAAGUAUGGUCCCUGUCCUGCUUUUCCAGAGUCUGUGGCUUGAAUAUAACCCUGUACUUGUCCUGGUGACAAGAGUUUGUUCCUUUCAUUAGUUUUCUCUGCGGAGUCCCUUGGGACAUCUCACUGACAUAGAGUGGAAAGCUCCUGGGAGCCUUUGAAAGGGAUGAGAAAUUAAGGUUCAACAUAAUAAGAUGUUGUAAUGUAAAGCGCAGACUGGAGGUCCCUGAUGUGGUGGAUGGCAUGUGCAUGCAUUUUAAUUUGCAAGUGCCUCUGCUUGUCUGUGUCCCUGAAGGCUAGCUUUCCUCCUUCUCAUCUUCAAAGAAAAAUUCAUAGCUGCUAAGGAGAAGAAUACGUCAGCCAAGAAUCUGUUUGCAAUGAACAUAGAUGACUUUUCAAGGCUUGUGCAUUUCUGAGUUAUGUUUCUCUAAUGUGGUGAUGGAGCAGGCAUGCAUCAUACGGCUGUGUGACAGGGUGAUAAAGGAAGGACCAGCCCCUUGUGCCAGCUGCAGUGUAUCGUUCUCCUAGCACAAAGCAGUUGCAAAACCACCUUUCCACAAGACUCCCAAGGCAGGAGCUCAGAUGGAAGAAGGGGCCUUAUUGUUCCCCACUUCUCCAUUAGGCACUUUCCCAUGUGGUUGGGAGCUAAACCAGCUAAACCAAGGUUGUCCAGACCCUGGAUGAGGAGGACACUGAAGAGUGUCGAACAAUCAGCCCAGUUUGACAUAGCUCCAAGUGCAGGCCUGCACACUCCUAGCCUCCCACCGACGCGCUCUGCAGUGGCACUCGACAUGCUGGGACUGUUGCUGGCAGAUGCAGCACCUGAAAUCUGCUGUGCCAUCUUGCAGAGAUUGAAGCUGCCACCCCUUAUGGCAUAACAUCUUCUGAGGAAAUGGUGUGUAGAAGAGGAAGGUUUGUUUGUCUUUUUUUUAAAUGAAAUUCUGCAUAAAACAUAUAAAAGAUAGAUACAUUACUGACAAAAUCUUGAUGAAAACUGAAAUCACACUGGAAUCAACAUAAUAUUUUACUUGAAGUUUGAUACAGAUUGUUUGGAUUUCUAGAAUUUAUUCCAGCAACAUAACUUCCAUUCCCUUCCCAGUCAUAGUACACCAUGAAAUAGCCCUGCAUCUCACUGUUAUUUGCAUUCUGGUAGACGUGAAAAGAAUGCGAGAGCACUGAUAGGAGAAGAAACCCUUCUCUAAAUGGGAUCUUUCUGAGUCGUACUGAGCCAGUUUUAGAAGGAUUUUCUGUACUGGUGACUCGUUCUUUUGAAACUUAGUUUUGUGGCUCGAAGAGAUGCUGCCCUGGCGAUUUUUUUCACAAACUUCAUGAGUUGCUCCCAAUGCUAAUUGAGGCAGAGGUCUCCAGUUCUGUUUCUGGAGUUCUACCUCUGCAUAGUAGAGGGCAGGAGCCAGCUCCCUUCAUCCUGCUUGAGCCAGCGCUGGGAAAGCAAGAGCGGAGGCACACGGUCCCCAGGGAAAGCCUGGGGGGGCCCCACACUGGAGCCAAGGCACAGGGAGCCACUCUGCUGCCGGCGAGGGGCAGCGCGGGGCCGGUGCCUUGGUGGAACCCUUUCUCGUGGAGCGAAGGGAGUCACCCAUCAGUGCUUGUUGCCUUUCUCAGGAGCUGGGACUGCCCAAGAGGUUGGGGAGGGGCUCUUCAGCCUUCCUUCUGCCUCUCACAUCUGGCUGGAGCUAGCCAAAUCCAGCUCUUUGUGUCAAGGCAUUUAGGCGUUCAGAGCCAGAUAUUGCAAGGUGCUCAGUGCAUCCGGCCUCCUGCAAACAGCUUCUCACACCCCCUCCUCCCACCCCAGAGCUCAAGGCAGGCUGGACUUGCCCACAUCUACAUCCUGGAGGAGUAAAAAUGCUGAGCAAAAUUCGUAUCAGUUUCAGGCACAGGGUUUAAGAUAACUUACAACAGAAGUAUGAAAGGUCCACAUCAGUUCAAGCAGUUAAUGCUGGGAUUUUUUUUUGCAAGAAUGUUCAGAAUAUGAGAAAACCUUUUUUGCUCCUUGGAUUUCAAUAAUUUUAACCUAGGAUGAGGGGUUUUUUUCACUUAGUUUUGGGAGCAGACUAAUUCCUGUUUCAGAAUUGGUACCCCUCCUUCUGCAGGCGAAGAAAACCCUGACCAUCUUUUGAAGGAGUUUUUUGAAACCAGUGGGAUUUGUAUUUGAGUGAGGAAUGAAGGACUGGAUAUUUAAUGGGAUAGUUAUGGGAAAUUUGCAAUAAAAAUUAUUUCCAAAAGCAAUUGAACACAUCUACUGUCCCCUGACUAUGUCUGAAUGAUCAUUGUGCAUGUUAAAGUCAAGUUUAUGAGCCUAUGACCAGAGAUUUCAACCAUAUGUAGACUGAAAUCACCCUACUCAGCUGUUUAUAAAGCUUAAGAGAACCAAACUGCUAAUCGAAUGUGUCUUUGUUUUGGUUAUGUUUGAUAUUAAUGCCUUUUAAGAGCAGACAAUUUAUACAGCAAUAAAUUAUGCUUUACAGUUGUAAUUUAUUCCAACCUCAAAUAAAACAUGUUGCAUUUACUUUGA